UCAUCACUCAAUCUAACAAAGACGAAGAAAGACUUGAGUAAUUCAGAUAUUCAAUCCAGAGAAAGCAUAUAUCUAUCAUCAUGGUGAUGGGCAAGGCUAACCUCAAGUUCGUGAUGUUCGUUUUGCUGGUCGGCCUUCUGAUCACCAGCAGUGCAGCUACCAAGAAGAAGUGCAGUGACCCUUAUGUAGUAGAAGACGGCGAAGAUUGCUAUAAGAUAGCCACAGCCCACAACAUGAGCCUUGAGGACCUCGAGAGCAUGAACCCUGAUGUCAACUGCGCCAAGCUGCAGCCUGGAAACAAGCUCUGCCUAGAAAAAAAUUAAUUCUGAACCCUAACUACCUUUAUAUUUGCAUAUCAAUCAAUCACAACCAUGCUCAAUAUAUCCUCAGUAAGUUUGACCUUAAUGUCUCGUCAUUCAUCGACGAUUCUUAGGUCUAAUAAGAAACUAAAGUUUAC